AACACAACUUAAAAAAGUACUGAAACGGAAUCGAGUUCUCUCUCUCGGCGCCGCCGUAUCAAAAACCUCACCGUCGUAGCCAUCAACCCACCUUCGUUUCAGAAAUGGCGAAUAAGAUUGCGAUGUUUCUAUCGGAAGCAAUAAACAACAAUGCUGUCAUAAACACUUGUCUUGGGGUAUCGUUUGUGGUUUUGGGAUUGAGAUCUGAUCAACAGCAGAAGUAUGUCGAGGCUUUAGCAGAGCAGAAGGAUUCGCUCUCCAAGUCUAACAAGGCAAUGAAAGUCACUAUGUGGGAGUGGAAACAGCAGCUCUUUGCUGAAGCUGCUUCCGCUGGUGCUUCCGCGGUUAUUCCUCUUUCCACGCUCAAGGCCAUCUAUGGUGAAGUCACAGCAACCACUCAGUCAGGUGACACAGCCAAGGAAGUGUCAAAAGUGUCUACCCCCAAGAUCAUGAUAUGAGAGGGUUGCUAAAGUAAAGAUUAGCAUUUAACCUCAUCAAAUUUCACAAAUUGAUUGGCUAAGGCAUUUCUAACCCUUUUUUUGGCAUAAGUACCCGUGUAUGAUUCAUCAGUUUGCCCUUGCUUUUUAUCUUUUUUUGACAAGGCCUCUCUUAUGUAACAAACAAUUGUAGUUUCUACAAUCCCUUUCAGUAAUGAAAAUUCACAAUUUUCAAAAAAAAAAUUUCACAAAUUGCAUUUGUAUAACUAGAGUUUGGCAUCAGAGUGUUUGUUGUUGUGAUCCUUGUUUAAUCUCGUAAGUAAAC